GAUUUUAACCAGCUGAUUAGGAAUAGGAAAAUGGAGACAGGACCCCAAAAAAAAGAAAAAAAAAAGUGGGCAGUAAACUGGUUGUAUAAGAAAUAAUGUGUAGAAUGUAGAAAAAACUUUGAUGAGAGAUUCCUACAAUUUACGAGACCAGAGCCAGACUCUCAUCUGACUGUGACUCUGGUUUGCAUCUUCUUGUUCCAUCUAGAUUCGGCUGCCUACAAACCUACGCUUUUCAUGGAGUCUCUGCUCGGCGACUGGCCAUCACGUGACCCCCAUAACUUUAGCCAGCUCCGACCCUCCGAUCCCUCUAGUCCUUCUAAAAUGACUCCCGCAACCUAUCAUCCGACUCACAAUCGGACGGUUCCACCCCCUGAUCAAGUGAUAACUACGGAUUCCAAAAAUAUCCUGCUAAGGCACAUCUACCAGCGUGCUGAUGAGAAGUUGAGACAAAAGAGAGCUGCACCCGAACAUCUUUCACCAGAGCAUGGAUGCAAGCAACUCAGGCCAUCUGUUCAAGACACUUCCUAUUGAGCUGCACUAACUCCAAGCUUUCUGUUCUUCAACAAUUCCCAUCAAUGUAAAUGUUCCUACCAUCAUUGUGUGAAAAUGUGAGGUUUUUGUUGUAGACUGGGAAGCAUUUGCUUGCUCAUUGUUGUGAACCGGUCAGACCGAUAUGUAGAUUUCUGUGUGUAUAAAUUAGAUCUGAAGUUUACAGGGGAUGAAAUGCUUACAAUCCCAUUUUAUGGAUUCGCAAUGAAUUAUAUUUGUAAU